UUUUAACUUUGGACAACGAUUCAAAGUGAGAUGGUCAAAGCCUGGAUCAGCUCCUGGUUGCCUAGGCGAUGCUGGAAUGAGCGGUGCAGAGCACGCAUGCGUCUCCUGGCCAUACCCUCAGGCUGCCCAUCGGUGCGAAAACCGCGCAUGCGCCUUAUGACCGCACCCAUGCCACCCUCCGCGCAUGCGUAUUACGGCCGCAUCGCCAUGCCGCUGGUCUGCGCUGAAACCGCGCAUGCGCCAGCGUCCUGGUUGCCCUGGAGUUUGGAGGAGCAAGUGGGAGACACGCUGAGCUAUGAAAGAAAGUUCAGGAGCUCCUAAAAACAAAGCUAGCAGGCACGCACGCGAUUAUUUCGCAAAUCAGUAAAAUUUGCUAGAGGGAGAUUGGAAGAGUGGGUGUAUAGCUUGCAUGACACCCACCUGGAAUUCCUGGAGGAUCUGAUACAGUGUGGAGGAUGAAAUCAACAAGGCUGUAAAACCGACCACCCCAUCCAGCUCAGGGGAAGUCCAAGCAAUCCAUAAGCUACCCUUCCCAUACUACUGGCAUCAUGUCAAACAGCACUUACAAUAAGAUGUGGGUUGAUACCCAUGAGGACCUGGAAUAUCUUCUGAAGCAGGAAAUCAAUGCCCAGGUUGCUAAACCACAGACAGACCGUGUGAUAAUCUUUCAGAUGCUGGUAACAUUCUAUGUUAAGUACGUGCAGAUUUUCCGUAGUAUGGAAGUUCUGUAUGACCAGAUUGUGCAUCCUCAGAAGCGAAGAGUUAUUCAUCAUGUGCUGGAUGGGGUUAUGGGCAGAAUCCUGGAGCUAAAGAAUGAAAUGGUGAAGCUGGAGUUCUCAGAGUACCACUAUUGUGAUGAUGUCCUGCAAGACCUCAAGCUAACCCCAGAAGAUCUUGAGAUCCCCAUCCCUGGAUACUUUGUCAAAGAUAAACUGAAAGUCUUGAAGAUCAGGCAAAACAUUCUCGAGCAGAUAUUAUCUGAAACCUCACUUCCAGUGGAACAAAAAAGAGUUGUCAAAGUAUUGACGCUGGAAGAAGCCAUUCAAGUUAUUCAAAUUUCUGAGCGUGCUCGACAGGGACGGCUACGGGCCAAGUUUAUGCUGGAAAUCCGAAUGCAAGAGGAAAAGGAUAGAUUAUCUAAAUAUCGAGCAGCAAUCACACUGGCUCCUGAAAUAGCAGCUACUCGGAUCCAAAAGGUGUGGCGUGGAUAUACUGGGAGGAAAAUAGCAAAGAAAGAACGUGCAGAAGAAAUGAUAUUUAUUGAAAUGGCACCACCACCCAAUUUUGAACAGCUGAGCCCUGCUCAUCUGCAAGCUCAGAAAACAGUUCUGCAAAGGCAUGUCGUGCAGGAAGUACAUGAGGUGGAAUAUCAGGAAGCUUUAAUCACGCUAAAAGAACAAGUACGAGCAGUGGAGGGAAUGGAUAUUAAGGAAACUCUGCAGGACCAGAUCCGACAAUGGUUUAUUGAGUGUCGAAACACAACUGGGAGGUUUCCCAAUUUCCCUGAUGCAGAGAAAGGUGGUUCUGCAGCUAUUUUUGCUACAAAGACUCCAGAAGAGGUGCUUCAAGAAUUUGUUACACAAGGUGAAAAGAAAAAGAAAAAGAAAGAGAAAAAGGACAAAAAUGAAAAGAAGAAGAAAAAGAAGAAAGGGAAAGCCAAUAAAGAGGAGGAAGAGGAUGGUUGGAAAAUAGCAGAGAGUCAUUUCCUCCCCACAAUCAAAGAAGGUCAAAACACAUUCGAAGUGACAUGGAAGAACCGAAAUGAGGACACAAACUUUUCCCAGAAGUACGUUACUGAACUCAUCAAGGAAGAGAAACGCAAAGAGGUGGAGGAGGAAAUCAGGGUGCAGGUAUUGAAGGUAGAUGAGCUAAUGAGACAGGAACUGAAGAAUUUAAAACUAGCAGUGGACAGGGAUAAAGGUUCAAAGAAGAAAGGUGGGAAGAAGAAAAAAGCCAAGAAAGGAAAAAAGAAGAAAAAAGAAAAAGAUUUGACAUUGCACAGGACAAUUAAUUCCCUCUAUGAAGAAUUAAUACGUGAAGGUCUACUCAUACGACCAAGAAAUGUGCGACUCUCUGAUUUUAUAGGUGAGUACAACUAUCUGGGAACCACACUACGGCAAACUGAUAUCGAACCAAUGCCUUCCCUCUCAGAUGUGAGGCAGCUGAUUUCACUCUAUGGGAUUCUGCCAUUGGGUUCUCAAGCUGUCCAUGAGAAAGCUCCAUUGGUGAAAUCUUUGCUGUUGGCAGGACCAUCUGGAGUCGGAAAGAAAAUGCUGGUCCACGCUCUCUGUACGGAAACCGGAGCCAACCUGUUUAAUUUGUCACCACAUAACACUGCAGGAAAAUAUCCGGGCAAGAUUGGUCUCAAAAUGAUGAUCCACAUGGUAUUCAAGGUUGCUCGUAUGUUACAGCCUUCUGUUGUAUGGAUUGACAAUGCAGAGAAAGUCUUCUACAAGAAGGUUCCAAAGAUGGAGAAAGAGCUGGAACCAAAGCGGUUAAAGAAAUCUUUCCCAAAAAUACUCAAGUCCAUUAAAGCAGAAGAUCGUGUUCUCAUUGUGGGCACAUCGCAACGACCAUUUGAUGCAGAAUUGAAGACUUUUUGUCGAGGCUUCCAGAAAAUUGUGCUCAUCCCUAGACCAGAUUAUACCUCUCGAUUUGUGUUAUGGCGGAACUUCAUUCAACAAAAUGGUGGGAUUCUGACCACUUCAUUGGACUUAAGUUCCCUAGCUAAGGUCACUGAUGGUUAUACCCAGGGGCAUCUUAGCCAAGCGGCAAAAUAUGUUCUAACCGAGCAACGCAUAAAGCAGCUACACACCAAACCCCUAACCGCAGUGGAAUUUAUUACUCCUCUGGCCAGGCAAGAUCCUGUAUUUAAGGAAGAGGAGGAAACAUUCAAGGAUUGGUAUGCCAAAACAUCACUGGGCAAGAAGAGAGCCAGAGCUGCAAAAGAACAAGGAAGCGAUAAAGGGAAAGAGAAGGGGAAAAAGGGAAAGAAAGAAAAGAAAAAAGGAAAGAAGAAAAAAUAGCAAAAUAUUGAAGUUCUUGAAGUCAGCUGUAUAUUUAUAUUGAAUUCAGUCAGUUGUAAGUAUUGAGAUAGGUUUUGAGAGUGCCUAUUAUAAUUAAGUUAAUCAAAAAGAACAGUAAUGGUUAAGGCACUAAAUAGUUUCCUUUCAAUCAACAUAAUUAAAUCAUUCGCAAUGCACAAUUGUAUGAUGUCACUUCCUGCAACCAUUACUUUGGAAAUAACAACAAAAGCUUGUGAUUUUCUGAGGAGCAGAAAGCAUGGUGUGAAUGGCAGUUGUAGUUGUGAGGAAAUGACUCAGUUCAUCUUUUGUGAUGCCAAGGUGGUGUAUAUUAUGUUAAUAAAAAUAAAUUUGAAAUAUUGGUUUGACAAAAAAUCAUUGAAUCUCUGAAUCAUUGCUCACGAUGCAUGGUCAAGGAAUUUCUAAAAUAAUGUGGUUAGAAUUUACACUACACUUUUUAAU